AUGCAUUCACAAAGUGCCUUGCGGACACCCGGUGGACCCGACCUCUCAGCGCACCAGCACAAAAGCAGCCAAAGUGAGCGAGCAAACAAGAAGAGACCAGCCGUGGUUACGGGCUCAUCAAUCACGCAUAGAACAGGUUAUUUCAAAGGACUGACAAGGCGACUUACGACAAAGCAACCACAGCUCAGUCUGGGACACAGCCGGACCACGUGCUCUCUCCAGACAAGCAUGCGCACAUGUGGAUAUUGUUGGCUGUCUGCUAGGCAUGUGCAUGUUCAUCUAGGCGUUGAGUUCAUCUGUGCUCCUCCUCCCGAGGCUCUAUCGACCGGGCGGCUCAAAAACGGGAUGAGCAAGAGCACACUGGAAGAGUACCAUGCAACAGGACGGACAGACUUCUACACUCCAUCCAGUGGAAUUUGA